AUGAAGGUUUGUCCUCAACUUUCUUCAAAGAUCGUCCGUGUUUUUAUAAGUUCUACAUUUUCCGACAUGGUGCAUGAGAGAAACGUUUUAAUGGAGAGUGUAUACCCAGAGUUGAAAAAUUUUUGUAGAGAAACUUAUAGACUAGAAUUUCAGAUGGUAGACUUGCGCUGGGGUAUACGCGAAGAGGCACACGACAACCAUACCAUCAUUGAUUUCUGCCUGAAGGAGAUUGAGAACUGCCGGAACAUGUCCAUCGGUCCUAAUUUCGUUGUUAGUGAAGAUGGCGGCCGUGAUGUUACGCUAGAAGAGAUCAAACUACUUGACGAUUGGUUCCGCAAAGACACAAAUGUUCUACCCUACGAAUACGUCCUCCAGCCAAUCAGCUCUCUCCUACCAGAUUUCGGGAAUGAGGAAAACCAAGAGAAGCACAGAGCAGCGCAAAGAGUCUGGGAUCGAAUACGCCUUCAGCUGCUGAACAUCUUAAGGAAGGGUGCCAACUUGUGUCUGGGAGGCAGCAAGCUCUCCCCAGAGGCCGCAAAUAAAUAUUUCGUUUCAGUUACAGAGUAUGAAAUAGAAAGAGGUCUAUUGAACGUAGAAGACUCACUAGACACAUGCCUUUGCUUCGUCAGAACGGUUGAAAACCUCGAACAAAAUCGUCACAUGCCAAGAGCGAGGUUGUAUUUGGAUUUUCUCGACUCCAACACUGACGAAAUCGACUUAAACGCCCAGCACCUGCUCAACGAACUACUCAACGAAAAAAUCGCUAACCGACUUACCGAUGAAAGGAAUUACGAAUAUUUUAAGUUGGAAUGGACCGACAGCGUUAAUCGAGACCCGGCAGAGGACGACGAAUACUUGCGAAUAUUUUGUGACUCAUUUCGCGAAAAAAUGCAAUGGCUGAUUAACAAAUCGGCCCAGAAAAUCAACAAAAUCAACUCCAUGCCGAAGAUGGUUGAAAUAGUCCAACAACUGGAGAUGUGCAAGUGUCGUAGCGAAAGUUUAAGGGGGCGAGAUGGCGCCCUCAACAAAGUUCGUCUCUAUUUGACGUCACCAACAUCAAACAGCACAUCCCUACCUACGCCAUCAACUUCGUCAUCGUCCUCAUCUCCAAAUAAGCCUCUUGUGUUGUUUGGUGAGUCAGGCUGUGGAAAGACUUCGGUCAGUGCCAAGGUAGCACACGAAGCAAGGAGCUGGUAUCAAGAAUACAAUGGCACUGACCCAGUUGUCGUUUUCAGAUUCUUAGGAACAACAUGUUAUAGUUGCAGUGUCCGGCUGAUGUUGGGCAGUGUGUGCUGGCAGAUUGCGAGGGCCUACGACCUGCCAGCCAACGAUAUCCCAUCCGAUUAUCCUGGCCUCGUCUUCUACUUUCACGAGUUAUUGAAGAAAUCUAGCGAAGCACGACCGUUGGUGUUAAUAUUUGACGGUUUGGACCAGUUGGCUUCGACUCAUAGAGCCCACGGACUCGCCUGGCUGCCUUUCUACUUACCCGAUUAUUCGAGAAUUAUUGUAUCUACGGUUCCGGAUAAAUACGGAAUUUUUUCAAUCCUAUCAACCCAACUGGCCGAUGUGAGGCACAAAAACUUUGAGGAAAUCAAACCGCUGGGUGUUCAACUCAGUUUCGAUCUCAUCAAAGAGUGGCUCGACGCUACCGGCAUCGGGUUAACCGAGGUACAGUUCCGAAUAGUUGAAGAUGCCCUGGAUAACUGCAGUUUACCAUUGUACACAACGUUGGUCUUCGAACAGAUUCGACAGUGGAGGUCCUACUACACGCCCGAUCAAACGGUCAUCGAGAAAACGAUCGAAACAAUCAUCAGCUCACUCUUCGAUCGGAUUGAGCUGGACCACGGAGAAGUCUUCGUUGCGCAUUCGCUUUCUUAUCUGACCGCAUCACGAGAAGGUUUAAGCGAUGUGGAGCUAGAAGAUGUCCUCUCCUUAGACGAUAAAGUACUGAAUGAUGUCUUCCAACACUGGCUGCCUCCACUUAGAAGAAUUCCACCUCUCCUUGUACCUCGGUUGCAACUCGAACUUUCUAGUUACAUCAUUCAGAGGGAAACAAAUGGAACGAUGGUUUACUAUUGGUACCACGCUCAGUUCAUCGAUGUAGCAAAGAAAAGAUAUUUAUCGAACGGGACCCACAAGACGUAUAUUCAUCAUAUUUUAGCUCAUUACUUUCUCGGAACGUGGGGUGGCGGAAGAAAGAAAGCAUACACCUGUCCAGAAAAACAAAUGAAAUUAAUGGCUACGCGUAAUUUUGAAGGCUCGGAAGACAGAAAAGUUCCGAAUCAACCGCUAGUUUUUGGUAGAACAAGUUGCGAUGUUUCUGAAAAUAAUGCCGGCGCCAAGCCUAAUUAUAAUCUCAGAAAACUCUGCGAGUUGCCGUAUCAUCUUCUUGAAAGUCGUAUGUACAUUGAUCUCACGCAACAAGUUCUGUUCAAUUACGAAUGGCUCUACACCAAACUGACUGCCCUCUCGUUACACGACGCCAUUUCAGAUUUUACGCUUACCGUUCAACAGUACAACAACAAAGAAGACAUCUCACUUUUGUACAGCGCAUUAAGGAUGAGCGGGUCUCAAAUAAAUUCCAACCCGAGAUCUCUGGCUUUGGAUCUCAUUGGCAGACUGUUGCACUACUACAACGACCACGAGAGGUACCACAACAUCAGAAGGCUGCUGCAACAAUGCGACCAACAAUCCCUAAAACAUUCAGCCCUCAUUCCUCUUCAACAGUGCUUUGAACCGCCUAAAUUGGCAGUGCUGUUUGUUUUAGAGGGUCACAACCAGCAGGUUAGUGAUAUCGUAAUCAACGACGAAACCAACGAGUUGAUUUCAGUAUCCAAAGAUGGAUAUCUAGCGUUUUGGGAUUUGGUUGGAGGAGAAAGAAGUCGAACUAUCGAUAUAUCAUCUUUGAAUCCUGGCAGGUUAACUCGAUUGUUUCAGUCAAAAGAUGGCAAGUAUCUCAUCGUUGAUUCAGAUUUCAAUGAAAGUCCGAUAUUUGUGCUGGACACGAAAAUCGGUCAAAUACUUUCGAAAUGUGGCUCCAGGGAAGCUACGACCAGGCGAGGAUUUGUCGCCGGUAACUUAUUUUGCAGGCAAAAAAGUAUCAUAGAUAUCGAGGAGGGCGAACAGAUAAAAAGAAUUGAAGAGUUUACGAGCAAUAGAAACUACGUGGCGUGCACUCUUACGCCAGAUGGCCAAUCAAUCUUACUGGCUGAAUCAGAUGAGAUCAAAAUGUUCGAUAUUAAAGAUGGCACGUUAAUAAAAUGUUUAAAAAAUGCGGAUGAAAACACGGUCAACGUCAUGCGAGUGACCGAAGAUAGUCGAGUUUGCUACUGCGGUUCGGCUAUUAGCUUGCUGUUCUCAGCAUACGAUAUUGAUAAAUCGAGUGAUACAUUUGGUCAGCAGUUGUUGAAGUUUGACUGUUCGAAGUACUUAAACAACUGUUUCGUGCCAUCUUCGAUUUCAAUGUCUGGUUUGAUGCAGGAGAUAUGGGACAUCAGCCUGUGCACGAGCAACUCCUACUUAGUUUUAAUAAACGUCUGCAAUCACUCGUUAAUUUCGUACAGCGUUAAAACGAACAUCUCAACCGGAAUGAAGCUAGAGGUAGACAGCAACAAACGCUCUUCGAGAAUGAAGCCAACAUCCGGAUUUAACAAAUCCGUGUAUAACUACGAUGGAUCGUUGGUUCUGGCAAGUCACAGCAAUUUUUUGAGCAUAUGGAAAAGUGAAACUGGUGAGUUUCUUCAAAAAAUAACAAUUCAUUCCACAAGUGACUUUCCAUACCCGUGGUGCGUCUCGAAAACUCGAAAUAUUCUGGCGACCGGAUCAACGAUAGAUACCGCGGUUAGGGUCUGGGAUCUGGACAGAACUGACAAUGUGGAUUCAUCGGAUCUGAAAGUUUACACGAACCCCAUCGACUGCACGGCGUGCGAUACUAACAACAGACUCGUGUACGUUAAAUCAUAUUACGGACUGAAUUCUAGUUCAAAUGGUUACAAGUUUUUCGACCGAUUUGCUAUCGAUGUUUGGAACGUGUCAACUGGAAAUUGGAAAUGUUUUAUACCAUUUUUCAAAUACGGACGUCUGAUAGAGAUGAAGUGUUCGCACGAUGGAAAGUACCUCGCCUUGCUUUUGAACUCGCUCAGUCAGUGGUAUGUGGUGGUUUUGAAUAUAUACGAAGACGAAGUUCAGUGUGCGGCGGGUCACGAUGUGGAUUGGCAGUGCAAGCAGUUCGAGUUUGGUCCCGACUGGGAGUACAUGGCCUCCUACGCCAGUCUCGAUAAUGAGGAUGAAGUCAUUCUUUGGAAUGUUAAGAAUAAUAAAAAAAUCGUCAGCUUCCAGGAGGCCAAAAAUCCGAUUUUUACUUUGGAUAGUCAGUACUUGCUGUACAUCGACGCUGGAGUGAACAUUAUUAUUUAUAGCCUAAUUAACUUCGCUCCAGCCAAAUGUCAGGUUCAAAUCUUUCCAAACAAAUUAACGUGCAUUCCGUUGAAGCAUCACUGCAUCCUGGUUACGUCAUUCAAAGAAAACUUUUCAAAAGUAUCAGUGUGGGACUUCCACGGAGCGGGCAGAGUUAAAUGCGAGAUGCAAAACAUAAGCAAGAAUGGUUUCGCCGAUGUUUCUAAGAACGGCCAGCUGGCUGUAGAUGAUCUCUUGCAGGUGUACGAUAUAAACACAGGCGUCCUAGUCAAAAAAUUUCAAUAUGUCAGUAACCUCAAAGACUCAACUGAGAAAUUAAAUUCCGUUGAAACAACGAAAUCGAAACUAGUGAGAUUGACAUAUGACGGUCUGUACUGCAUCUGGUUUGAAGAGAGCACCUACCUUAUGAAGGUGGGCAGUGUUGUGAAUGGUCAUUUGAUAGCUCAAUCGAAUCUUCACGAAAACGUCACAUCUCUGGAGACCAUGGAUUGCGGAUAUGUAAUUUUUUGCGGCCGACAGGACGGACAUAUAAUCACGAUGAAGUUGAUUCCUCCAGCGGAAAACAGCUCGUCAGCAGCUGGAGUCUUAUCAAAUUACAAACCGAAAAAUGAGAAAGAUCGUCGCCAUUACAUUCUCGAUUUAGAGCCCUGCACGAAUGCGACCGUUCAACAGUUCGAUCGGUUAUUUCAGCAACCAUCACAACAUAUCGACGACGCCGAGAUCCGCGUGGCGUCGUCCGACGUUUACAACCAGCUGUCGAAACACGCGGAGCUACCAAAGUUAUUCACAUUCUUGAAACCCAAAACUUCCGUCUCCAAAUUAUCGAACUCAAAUUUAACAGCACCAAACAGUCCAGCCAUUUUGAUGUUUGCCCAGCGAAAUAAUAUCUUUCCACCUAGCGGCGAAAUAAAAUUUUCACCGAAACAUAAAAAAUUGGCCGAUUUUACUAGUUUUAGUCGAAGUUCAAUGAGUCUGCCAAGAAAAAAGACAGAUAUAAAGCCAGAUAUUCGCUUAGUGACCUCGAGUUCCGCCAGUUUAGAAACGGAUAAUAGCGCCAGUAGCCAAAACUCACCGCCACUCAUCAACACGGUCAGUCCUGUUUUUGACACUUCCAAAAAGUAUAAAAGCGCGCAAGAUCUCUGCAAGCUAGAUGGGUCACUGAGCAGGUCCAGUUUGGACAGUUUGAUCGAUAAAGUUGAUAAAAAAUGUAGACAUGAAGAGAAGAAUAAAACAGAUUUUGUAGAAAUUGUAGAAAAUUCCAACAAAAAAGAAUCUAAAAAAAUUAAAUCCAAGACCGUAAAUACGUUAGGGAGGCACAGUCUGAAGAUGCCGAAACAAAAAGCGCGAAAUAAAUUUUUAGCUUUUUUCUCGCAUUUGAAAUCGGACAAAAAAUAA